UACGCGCGCGAUCUCAAAUUUCGAACGAAAAUUAUUUGGUAUGUGAUGUGUCUUCAGUGAUAAACUUCGUGUCGGAUGAAAUCCGAUUUACUGUUUCGUACUCGAACGAAUUUCAGUUGUUUUAAUUAUUAUGUUCUGAUUUUCGGACUCACAACUCCAUUCUUUUUCGGAUUUUAUCACCGCGGAGACUUCAAAUUUUUUACUAUGUUGUCCAGAAUAACGAGUGGGAGUUUACCAACAUGCUAACAAAUAUUGGGCCCAGGGCCCAUCGACGACAGAAGACAUGGUAACGUGUCACAACGAAGGAGCGUCGCUUGGCGGCUUUCAUUUGGGUGUUCAGGAUGACUACCGACCGCGUGCGCCUAGUGUCUCCUCCCUAUCACACUACAAGCAAAAGAUUGAUGCACUUUUCGACGAUUCACGCUCUAUCACCAGCCUUGCACAGUAUGGACCCAUGUCGGAUAGGGAAAGAAAAGAUAGUAAGGUAAGCAUAACACAAGACAGCAAGGCGACGGUUAUAGAAGAUGAAAGUGGAUACUGUCAAACUAAAAUGAAGAAGAUCAACAAUACUGUACAAGACCGGAUAGAGAGGAUGUUUGCAGAUAUGGCAGGAGAAUCCAGACUCACAAUUGAAACUAUCGGUGUUCAUGUAUUCAAUGUUCACUACCUCGGUUCGACGCCAUUGCAGAGUAAAGUUUCUAGCCUCUCGGGCCUGCAAGAUCCGCUAAGAGAUUUAUAUUUUGCUUACAAAAGAAACUUUCGCCAGAAAAGCACGUUAACCGGUCGCUUAGAAAUAUCUAAAAGUGGUCUUAAAGUCCGAUACAAGGGAGAGAAAGGGGAUUUAGAACAGUUAAACCCUUUUCCAACUAUAGCCGUCUGGUCUGCUGUUAAAUUUGUAGUUCAGCCUUUAGAAAAAGAUCAAAAUGAAUUAAGCUAUGCUUUUGUUCCCUUAAUCACGGACCCUGAUAAUAUCGAUCGACAUGCGUUAUUCAAAGCUUUAGAUUCAUCCGAAAAAAAAUAUAUCCUCUCCCACAACGAAAAUUCACAUUCACCUCUUUUCGCUGUAGUGAUGAGGAAAAUAGGCGUCGCAAAACAAUUAGAGUGCCAUGGGUUUGUAUGUCAGACGACCGAGGACGCUAUUGUUAUAGCGGCCACGCUAUACAAAUCACUUAUGUCACAUAUGAGUAGACAAGGCCAUACCGAAAGUAAAAAGUUAAAAAAUCGAAACGGAAUAAGCUGUAUGAGUAUAUCCAGUAGUGUAGCAGCAAAUGAUAUACCAGUAAGACCUCCUCGAAAAAAACGCAGUACAUCUUCACUAAGUGGUGAUAGUGAUAAAGCCGACGGAUUUUCGGCAAGCGAGUCAUUUUGUGAAAAACCUAAAGUAGAAAGAACAAAAAAUUUAACGGAAUUCCCAAAUUUUUCGAAUCCAUGUUUGACUAAUUUAGAAUUGAAAAGAAUUACUGUUGAAGAAGUUAGAGCUAAACUAGAUACAAUAAAACAUGACACGAGUGGUAGUGAAACUCAAGGAUCCAAAAAAUCUAUAAAUAAAACACUGAAUGCCAUUCAAGUUAUGCCAUCACCAAACCCUCAGCCCCAGAGUAGCAGUGAAAACUCAGUUCGGAGCAAGGUAUCGGAAAAAAUUGAACUGUUUCGAGAGUUAGAAAGGCGAAAGAGUAUUCAAAGACCACCGACAUUACCUCCCCCUGUGCCAGCUAAACCGAAACCACAAAGUGAUCAAACUAAAGAGCCAUUGAGAAGAAGUCAAAGUGGUCGAAAAUCACUAAGCGAGUCAGGUGAUAUACUGACAAAAGUGGCUAUCCCCCGUUCGGGUAGCUUUUUGAACGCAGGAGGUCUUACUCGCUACAAAUCUAUUGGACAACGAAAUAAUGGAAAGAAAGGAGGUGGCUCGCCGCUGGGGUUUAACGAACUGUUUAAUGAAUUCAAAGUCCAAGAAAACUUGCAUUCAAUGGAUGAAAUCUUAAGUGUUAUUAUAGAUCCCGAGGGAAUGUCUUUCAACGACUUAAAGCCAAUUUACAAAGAGUUCCUCCUAAAACUGGCCGUUACACUCACUAAAGAUGAAAUAUUUCAACAUAGUAAAGCGAUCAUGAAGAAGCAAAAGAAAAAGAUUUUACGACGAAAUAGUACAUUUCAGAAUAAAAGAAGAAAAAUAUUCAAAGGAGCAAGUGGACUUCGUAUGGUAUUUAGAUUACCAUUUGGGAAAGAAGUUAGAAAAAAAGAAAAAAAGGCACAGCAGAAUCUGUUCGAAAUACAAAACGUACAAGACAGCGCGACCGUAAAAGAUCCUAUUUGCGAAAGUUCAGUUUCGACAUCUAGUUACGAUAUAAGGCAGUUUAGACCUAAAGAACCCGAAGUGCCUGCUCCAAAACGACAAAUAAGGCAAAGAAAUUCGAAACGUUCUGAAAAGUCUGGUCAUGUUUCAAAAAGAAGUGGCAAAGGAUCUAGACCUGGAGAAAGAACGUCAACUUCUGAAGACUCUGACUUUUUAACGUUAAGCAAUAGGCUGGGAUGUCAGAACAGAAAUAGCUCGAGUGGAUACGUCUCGUGUUCUGAAUGCGAAUCAGAAAGUUGUGUGGAUAGAUGCUAUUGCUCCUUAAAAGCAGAUUGCAAACCAAAAUGUUGCUGUACUGUAGAAACUGGCAAAGACUCAGCGAAGACGAAACUAAUAGGGAAAAGCUGUAAAGACUGCUUGAAAGAAGUGUACGAUGGGGACUACAGUUAUUGCUCUUGCGAUUCCGAAAGCUGCGCCGACAGCAAUAAGUGCUACUGCACGAGUCCCAGGAGACCCAUACAAAGCUCGCAAAGUCUCGAGUAUUUAAAAGCUCCCUCGACCAAAACACCUUCCGAUAGAGUAAAGCGAACUUUUGAAGAUUAUGAAGGAAAGCCUAGGACCAGGUCGGGAGCGUCCAGUCGAAGGCGGGAGGAGCGUCGUCAGGCGAAGAGUUCUGAUAGCCUCGCUCUGGACUACGAGCUCCUUUUGCAGAACAAACCAAGAGAUGCGCGUGCGCGCAAUAUGCAACGUCUCACAGUCCGGAGUACUGGCGCCGGUUCCGAGGACGCUCUUAGUGUGAAGAAAUCAGCAGAAAUGGCGGCUUUGUUCGCUGACGUCCGAUUAUCUCAACGCACCGAUGUGCGCUCCAUGGCCGGGGGGCGUAGAGCUAGGCCUCCGCCCCUGUCUCCGCCUGGGGUGCCCCCCAUAGCGAAACUGUUCGACCAUCGGCCUCUAAGCAGGAACCCUAGUCUUGAAGAUACUUUAGGAUACUUCCCUUGAUACCAAUAUCAAAUUAACAUACAUUUUGUUUUAUCUAAAUCACUGUGAAUGAGUAUGAGUGAAUGUAGGAAUGAAUGUUGAAUGAAGAGAUGAGUGAAUGAAUGUAUACACUUUUAAUUUACACCACACAAAAUUACAGAAAUAAGAGAAACGAGCACAAAACAGCGUGUACGAUUUUAGCUAUUAAAUCAAAACUGAAUAUAUACAGAUAUU